UCUUUACCAGAGAACAUGAACGCUGCACUAGCCUGCCUGCCUGGACAUAGCUUGGACCCGCCAACUGAGCAUUUAGCGCUUGGCUUGCACAUGCUCACAAUGGCUGAAAACGAGACAGAUGCGAGUGAUAAAGAAGACCAUCGCAGUGAUGAAGAAAUCCCUUCAUUGGAUAAAGACGCUGGACACCCAUGGCCUUAUCUUCACUCCCUCUUUGAUUGUGUUGGGGUCAAGUCAGAUUCUUUCCGCAUGAAGUGUCUGCUUUGCACUCCAAAGCUAGUUGAAAUAAUGGCUUACAAAAAUUCCCCGUCAAAUCUACGGAAGCACGUGAAGAGGAUGCAUCCAGAAAGCCUUGCCAAGUACUCUGCCCUAACAUCUGUUAAAAGAAAGCGAGCCGCUGAGACAUCUACGCAGGUGCAGUCAACACUGCGAAACCAGUGGAGCAUCUUUCCUCAGGGUUCCUUGGACAAAGCGGUCAUGAAGUACAUCAUUACUGGACUGCAGCCCUUCUCUCUUAUUGAACAGGAAUCUUUCAAGAUAUUUGUGAAAGACUUGAUUCUGAAUUCUAGGCUGAUGACCCGCAUGAAGCUUAGAGCCAUGACCAUCGAAGCCGCAACAAAGAUGAAGAAGGCCUUGACGGACAAGAUGCGUGAGGUUGCACACAUCGCAACCACCACAGACUGUUGGACAGUUAGGAGGCGUGGCUUCAUUGGGGUUACUGCACACUGGAUAAAUGAAGAUCUAAAUAGAUGCUCAGUGGCCCUCGCCUGCCGACAGCUCAAAGGCUCUCACACCUUUGACCAGAUAGCCGCUGCUCUCAACGAUAUCCACACGGAGUAUGAUAUUCGUGAGAAGAUAAUGAGAACCACCACGGACAGUGGUUCAAACUUCAUAAAAGCCUUCAAAGUGUAUGCAGAAGAGUCUGAGAGCGCAUCUGAGAGUGAAGAACAGGAUGAUCAUACAGAUGAAGAGAGUGGAGAUGACGUUGAAGUGGAGAAUGUGGAUGUAGCGGAUCUUCUCUCGCAAGAUGAUGGGAUGGAGUUUCAACUUCCAAGGCACCAGCGAUGUGCCUGUCACCUAAUCAAUCGGAUCGUAAUGGCUGAUGCACUGAAAGCAAGGUGGAACGACACUUACAAGAAAGUUUACCGAUCAGCUUUUUCAAAGUGUCAUGCACUGUGGAACAAGUGCGGAAGAUCCACUCUUGCAGCUGAAACUGUAGAGGAUGCUUGCUCACUCCAGCUUCUACGUCCAAAUACCACAAGAUGGAACUCGCUCUUCCUCGCUGUCGAAAGGCUGCUAAGAAUCCUCAAAGACAAAGGAGAGGUGACCAUCAGAAAUCUUUGCAAUGACUUCAAAGUUUCAAUGUUCAACCCGGCAGAACUGGCAUUUUUGGGCGAGUAUGCCAUUGUGAUGACUCCAGUUGCCCAAGCAACAAACAUCCUACAAGCAGAAACCAAUGCCCAGAUGGGGUGGCUACUACCCACAAUCACGUUGCUGUCCGUUAAAUUGGACAGAGUAAAGUUGCAGCUGAAAUACUGCAGGCCUCUUGUGGAUGCACUGCAAGAAGGUAUAAAGACUCGGUUCGGAACAAUGGCAAAAGAUCCUGAGCUGAUUGCGGCAGCAAUCCUUCUGCCCAAGUUUCGGACCACAUGGACAAAGGAGGAAGCUACCAUCAAAAUGGGAAUGGACUACAUCAAACAGCACAUUGAGCAGUCUUCUCCAAGUGAGCAGUCAAGGUCCUCUUCAUCGGAUGAUGAAGACUUCUUCUCACCUCUGCAAUCAUCUCACUCACAAGAGAGUUCCAAACAGCUUGAUGCCUAUCUGACCUGUUCAGCGGAUCACAUGACUGUGCUGAAAUCUUACCCAGCUGUCUGCGCACUGUCUGUCAAGUUGAACACCCCUCUUCCAGCCUCCGCAGCAUGUGAAAGGCUGUUCAGCAUUGCAGGACUCGUCUUUGCCCCAAGAAGGGCAAGACUGAAUAGCAAGAACUUUGAAAAUCAGCUUCUUCUAAGGAUGAACCGCAAAUUUUUGAAUUGGUGACAGUUUUUUGUUGACGCCAGCACAGGGCUGGACCCUAGUGGUGUUAACUUGUUCCAUUGUUCAAACCAGACUCACCAAACUCAUUGUUUAAACCAGAGUCAGUUGAUGGGCUCAAUAUUCUUGCAGGAAAUCUCAGACUGUACAAAUUUAUGAAAAUGAAGUUAAAGUUUGUCAGUUAUGUUGCAUCUCUUUGCACAGUUUUAUUUUGUUUGCACAAGGUGGCAUUUAUUUCCACAAGUUACUUGAAUAAACCAAACAUUUUUGAAAAAGUUUCCUUAAUACUUAGAUUAAAAUCAUAAUUAUCCAAAAUGGGUAAAAAAAAAAAAAGGAGCUUUUCUCUUUUGGUCAUAUCGCCCAGCCCUAUUCAUUGUGCUAUUCUGGCCAAAUUGUUUGGCCGUAAUUUGCCUCAGUAAAAAUAUUUUAUAUUUUGUACUUUGACUUUCACUUUUACUUUUACUCAGAGUAAAUUUACUUGAGUACUUUUGAUACUUGAGUAGAAAAAGUAUGCUGUACUUUUUUACUUUUACUGAAGUAAAAUUCUCAUUGGAGACUUUGUA